UCUCUUAUCUUCAGCAAAAAAUAAAACAGAUGGCAAAGUCCAAAAUUGCUUCCAUUAGCAACCGCUUGCUCCCCAGUUCCCAUAUGAUCCUUAAUUGAUCUCCAAGCCAAUAAACUAUUAUGGUUUCUGUACCACAACCACCAUUUUUUUCUCCACUCAAAUCCAUCAGUAUUAGUGCCUCUCCUGCUCAAAAAUUGCAAUACAAAAGCAUAAUUUUAGCAUUACCAUCCAAGAACCUUAAAGUUUCAUCCUCUAUAGGUCCUUCCAAUGCAGAACCAUUGUCACCAAAUUCAUCAGAAAAGCCCUUAGAAACUGACCAGUCUGAGGGUGAGACUGACCCUGUGAAACUUGCAUUUGCUAAGGCUAAGGCAUAUAAGAAAACAAAACAAUCUAGCCCUACUCCAGAAAUUGUUCAGAACCCUGUUCAAGAAUCUGCUGGAAGAGGUGAAAAGAGUGAGGAAUUGAAGCUGGAACUGCCAAAGUUGGAAGCUUUGAAGCCAGAAGAUAAGGGCAAUGGGAAGGAGGAGGUUCCAUUGACUCUUAAAUUGGCAUUUGAGAAAGCAAAAGAGUAUAGGAAGAAUAAAAGUGCUGUGGAGGAAAGUCGAGUUGUGAAAGGGAGUGAGCAAAAUUCAGGGGUUAAGAUAGGAAAUGAGGGAAGUCUUGGUGGUUCAGUAUUGAGAAAGGAUGAUGAUAAGAAGGAAGAGUUGAAGAUUUCGAGUAUUGAUUUUGUGGGGCUUGACUUCUCGGAGAAGAAGAGCACCAGGGCUUUGCCAGCUGGGCUGGUUCCAGCUGUGGACGCAUUUCCUGAGGAGGACUUGCCUGAGGUGGAGAUACUUAUUGGAGAUGCUAGCAAGUUUGGAGCUGGAGCAGCAGCACCACAGCCAAUUCAGGAAGAGGAUGUGGAUGUUUAUAAACCCCAGGUAUCCACUUGGGGAGUUUUUCCUAGACCGAGCAAUAUCUCAAAAACUUAUGGUGGUGGAAGAAAUAUACGCCCUGGGGAAGUACUUGAAACAGCUGCUGAUCGAGCUACUAAAGAAGCACGGACAAAACAGCUGCUUGCUGCCUAUGAGAGAAAAAUUGGAUUGAGCAUUCAUCCAAAGCUGAAAUCUGAAUGUGAUCAGGCAUGUUUCAAGUGCACGGUAUCUUGAUUGACAGAGUUAUGAAAUAAUCUUUUGCUAUUUCCACUUCUAUUAGACUCUGCAACCUGGGUAUAUUAAGUGUCAGGAUAUUAUUCUACAAUUGAGCUAUUCUUGGUGUGGUGAUUGAGGUGUUCCCAUUGCAUGUUUUUUUCUUCGGGGGCAGAUACAUGCAAGUUCAGGAGUUUCUAUUGAUGAAUGAAGAGUCUUUCCUUGGCUACAGAAAGGAGGACUAUUAUCAUGUAUGAUGUGGGCAUUCCUGAGGCUGAUGAAUUGAGGAGCUGGUACGAGGGACUCGCAGAGGAUGGACCAAAUUGAUGCAUUGUGAUAACUUUAGUGGUUGUGUUUAUUUUUAGUAGGCUAAGAUGUUGUUGACUUAGUGUGUUGCUGGUGCAUGGCAAUGAGUUUUAUGGUUUGUUGUAAAAUAGCUUCUAAAUUGUUUACGUAGGUUUGCAGUUGGCUGUGGAGAGGAAGAUUGUCUAUAAAGAUGGUUUUUGUUUGUCUAUUAUGUUAGUUAUGUAUUAGUUUGUACUUGGUGUGAACAAAGUUUAGGUGUGAUGAUGAAGUACAGUUGUACUAUUUUCUUUUGUAUUAAUGAUCUAAUUUGUUGGGAUGUAUGUUUUUUGCUCAA